ACGGAGCGUGAUCAUCCCCGCCAUGGAGCCCGCACCGCCGAGGAGGACCCGGGCAGACCCGGACCGGUAGUGGGGGUGGGUUAGACCUGCCCCGGACCGGAGCGGACCGUCCCGGACCGUCCCGGACCCGCCCGGACCGCGGCAUGGCGCCGAGCCGGGACUUCUCCGUGAACCUGUCGGUGCAGCAGGUGCUGAGUCUGUGGGUGCAGGGAGCCACGCUGGAGCACUUCACAGAGAUGUGGUACUGGGUGUUCCUGUGGUGUCUCUUCUCCUCGCUGUUCGUCCACGGCGCCGCGGGGCUGCUGAUGCUGGUCCUGCUGCAGCGCCACAAGUGGGGUCGCCUCAUCACGCUGGUGCUGGUCAGUGGGGGCUUCCUGGCGGCGCUGUCCGGCGCCGUCGUCACCAGCGCGGCGGUGGCCGGCGUCUACCGCGUCGCCGGGAAGGACAUGGCGCCGCUGGAGGCGCUGGUGCUCGGCGUGGGCCAGACCGCCCUGUCCCUGGUCGUCUCCUUCUCCCGGGUCCUGGCCACGCUGUGAGAGACGGGGACCAGGCCGGUCCUGACGCUAACGCACAAGUGCUUCUGCAGGUCCAGGUCCUGAAGGCGUCCCACGGGAUCCAGUUCCGGUUCCAUGACCUCCGACGGGCGAUGGAUCGGGGAGCCGUGAGCCGGCAGUAUUGAUCGGUGGACAAACGUUUCUUAUCAGUAUUAAUUAACAGCAGCUGUUGACGUGCCAACAGGAACUCUUGAGGCUCAGGUCAGCAGUUGGACCCAACCGGAAAACUGGCUCCAGAUCAGCGUGGACACGUGACCGGGGGCCCCAUGUAGCACCAGAACCCCCCCCUGGGUCGGAGAGAACGUUUAAAAGCUGAGCUUGGACCAAAGGAACCUGGGGAGAACCUGAGCCGUAGGACCCGGCUGUGGACUGGAACCAGGA